CAAUCCUAAACUUUUACUCCUAUAGAUUAAUCAUAAACACAAUUACUUGUACAAUUUUGUAUCAAAUCCCCUAAUAAUUCCUCAAUUUCUCCUCCCAUUCAUACUUCACUCCUCCUUACACCUCUCUUGCUUUUCUUUCAAACUACUUUAACGAUUAACGACUACUUGAUUUGCUUAGCUUUUGCAUUUCCCAUUUUGCAUAUUCACUUUACUAUUAACCCUUUGAAAAUUCGAAGGUGCCCUUCUUCUUCCAGAGCUUCAAUUACUCUUCUGCUAUCAUCAUCUUUAAAUUCGGAACUUUGUCUUCUCAUACUCGCAAAAUUACUUUAUAGAGAAGAUUUGCAGUAGUUCAAUUGACAUUUGACAGUUUUCUCAUCAGAGAAUUGCCUUGCCUAUCAGAGAAAUGAUGUUGAGAUCAUCUUUGUUGAAGGAGAGUUCAAGAUUUAACUCUGGGUUUUCGGGUUUCCUUCAGUUGAGAGGGAUUCACAGCAGAAACAAGAAAGCCAUGGAAUUUAUAGCAAAAGGGUGGAGUGCUAUGAAGGAAGUUGAUAGAGUCAUUGAUUAUUGUGAACUUAAUGAUAAACGAUUAAUUCCUCUUCUUAGGGGUGCUAAGGAGAAUUUUGAGUUGGCUUUAGAAGUUGAUAAUUCAAAUACGACUGCACGCUACUGGUUGUCCAAGCUACACCUUAAAUACCAUGUCCCGGGAGCUUGCAAAGCAGUAGGAGCUGCUUUGCUGGUGGAAGCUGCCGAAAUGGGAAAUUCUGAUGCACUGUAUGAAUUAGGUGGCCGCUUAAGAAUCGAGAAUGACUAUGUUCAAUCAUCUCAGCAAGCAUUUUAUUAUCUGGAGAAAGCUGUUGAACAGUUGCAUCCAGGUGCUCUUUACCUUUUAGGCGCUGUGUACUUGACGGGGGACUGUGUGAGGCAAGAUAUUGGAUCUGCUAUGUGGUGCUUUCACAGAGCAGCAGAGAAGGGACACGCUGGUGCAGCUAUAGCAUAUGGAUCUCUUCUCCUUAAAGGUUACAAGGUACCAGAGUCCAUCAGUAAAUUUAACGUGAAGAAGCGAAGCAAAACUGUGAAAAAAAACUAUGUGAGCUCGGAAGUGAACCCGAUAGAAUUGGUCAAAGAGCAGUUCCAGAUUGCUGCUAAUGCAGGAUGCGAUCUUGGAUUUAAGUGGUUAAGUAGAGUUGAGGAGGAAGAAAAGCGCUUGUUGAGUGAACAGUUACAGUAGGUUUUGAAAGAAUUGUCUGUCAUUUACCGGGUGGUUAGGCUGCAGCGUAUUCGUCCUUACUCCUUAUGCCUGCAGGCUGCAGUUCGUGGAAGAUGGAAUGGAACUAUCUACUGGUGUUUUGCUUAUAAUGUGAGCAUGAAAUUUUGGAAUCUCUUUUCCUUCAUCAUGUUCAAUAAAAUUAAUUUACUUGGCUUGAAAAGUAUUUCCAAUCAUAGUCUUACGUAUGAAUGAGAAGAGAGCUAAGGCUUUGACCACUGCUACGGCUACUGCUACUGCGGCUCAUCUUUAAUGUGACUUAUCAAACAGAGUGACAAAAUGAGUAAGUUCAUAUAUGCUGUAUGCAUUAUUAGUAACCCUAUUUGUGUUUUUAUUAGUGACCUUGUACAGCAUAUGAAUUACAGUUCAAUUUUAGUUACAAUACAAUACAAUUUUACACUAAUUACAAUACAAUGUUAGUUUUUUUUU